AAGAACUGAUCCGUAUGACUUCAUGCACUCCAGUAAAUGUUAUUAUUUGACUUUUUGUUAGCAGUAAUCUGAUUUCCGAUGUGUCAACAUUAGAUAGUAGAUAACCUGAUUAACAGAGGUCGGCUGAAGAAACCUACAUACCAGGCCAUGUAUCAUGGCAUUAGCUGGGUGUAUGAAAGGUGUGUGGAAGAGACCGUGGAAAGGAAGAGUAACAAGAUGUUGUAAAAGUGUGUUGUAAGCACACGUUAUAUUGUCUCCUAGUGGUUGUUCAGAUUCAGCGAUGUCACAAUUUUACAUUUUGUUCAACACAGUGCAUCUCUGUUUCCACAAGCAUGUGAUAAUGAUGUUACCUCCUUGUUUGGAGGUGGUGGUGGAAAAUGUAAUUACUGACCGAAGCACAAGAUAGUCUCACUGUAUCCCGUGUUAACUUUCUCACAGUGAACCGGUUUGCUGUGCAUUCUUCAACGUCAGAAACACUUUCCCACACUUCAGUUCUAAUAGGAGUGUACCAUCUUGUCCCUGAGUCAUGUGUUUACCAACACGAAAGUUAACCAACAGUAACCUUGGCUUGCAAAAUAAGCAUGCGCCACAAUAAAUAUAAUUUUACGCGUGCAGAAAUCAAUCCAUAAGCUGACCCACAUUAAGACGUUACGGUGCCAUUACAGCAUCGUGCAAAAGGCAUCUUACGAUAAGAAUGUUGAUACGGGAUACUGAGAGAGAUACUUAGGACAACAUGUGUACGCUAAAGCUGAGCUGUUCAGCUUGUCUGAUGGUGAAACAUUUGAUAGUUUAAAGCUAUAAGUCUAGAGCAACAGCAAGUUUCAUUGCAUGACAAUAGUUUAUAAGUUAUAUUAUCUAUUGUCGCAUGCAUUUGCAGGUGGCCAGCACACAGAGGAAUUAAGGAUACCAAAAGUUAAGUUGCAGUGGUGAAACAUUCGCCAGACAUCUUCUUACAUAUAAUAUUACACUGCAAACUACUUCUUUCCUUAAACACAAACUAAAGUCUGUUACAAUCAUCCAAUCAGAGGAACUCAUCAGAAAUUAAGGACAUUUAACUCAAAGGCCUCGACCUUAAAUCAUCACAACAGAUGAAACAUGAAAUGCAUGUAUUGAUUAAACUAUUGAGGGGUAUGCUUAAACCUACAUCAAGCUCUCAUGAUAUUGUACGUCCAGGUUGAAUGAGGGAGAUGUCCUCCAGUCCUCUCUCAGCCUGUAUAACUGAGGACUGGGACAUUGUGUCCACGUCCCAGAUAAAGAUCUUGCAGGUUUAUUUAUAACGAGUCUGUCCCAAAAUCAAUCAAUACACCAGUGAAGUUAAUACACUGAUAAUAAACUAGUUACUACUGCUAACUAACAUUAGCUAACUUUAAUUACCGCGUUGUUUUUAAAAUGUAAUGCAGAUUUGACUUAUAAUAAGACGUGUUUUGGGUGCGUCACAAAAUGAACAGUUAAAUUCUCUCGUGUCCUAACUGACAGGUGAAGCUAACGUUAGCUACCAUUGACUUCGCUGAGCGGUAGAGGACGUUGUUAGCCUGCUAGCCUCCACUAGCCGUUACUUACGAUGUACUCUCGAACUUGGCUGUGGAAAUUCUGCUCUCUGAUAGUAACAUCGUCUUCUUCCAUUCUUCAUAUUGCAAAUACAAAAAAAAAGCUACAGAUUCACAGCAUGGUAGGUUGCGUGCAACUGGCACCACAACGGCAACAACUCCCGGUGUCUUCUUCUUCUUCUUCUUCUUCCCUCUGCAAAUAUAUUGCCCCGACUGGUUAAGAGACAGUUUACGUCGGAGGAAAACCGCUCCGUGUUGAAAAAAAAAAAAAACAAACGCCCCAUAAUAAAGUACGUCAUCACGAGGCGCCAGGUCUUCGGCGUGCCCUGGAAGGAAAUGGUCACGUGCUUGUGGGUCAAAUACACAGUUUUCCUCAUGGAGAUACAUGUGCAGUUCAAGGUAUUUAUGUGUUUAAAGUAGGCGAGACUUGCUUUACGUCUGUAGUUUGUUUUCAACCCUCUGUAGUUCAGCUAAGUGUCUGUAGCUGCAUUCUGAAAGAAGGGUAACAGCCGGUUGAGUCAGCGUCUGUACCUUGAGUUUAAUUUGUAGAGAUGAAGGUGAAAGUGAAGCAGAAGAGCAAGACUAAGAAGGGUAAUGUUGUGUUACACAAGUACUUGGUGGCUGUGGAUGAGUUUAUUAAAAGCAAAAGUGGCGCUGAAGAAGGGGAAAAUGACCAUGGCUUGAGAUUUGUAAAAAAGAAGAGUAGGAAGGAGCUACGUAAAGAACAGCGAAAAAUGAAAAAAGCCAAAAUGAAAAAUUAUUAUGAGGGUAAACCGACCCUCAGUUUACCCCUCGAUGGUGGUGAAAACUCGGAAAUAGUAGCUGAGGAACCGCAGCAGCAGAAAAAGAAGAAAAUGGAGAAAACGGAGAAAGAAAUGUUAAAAACACAGUCCAGAAGUGCUACUACAAAGAAACCAGACGGCUCUAAGACACCUUCAUCUUCCAAGAAAGCAAAGGAAGCAAAGAAAGUAAAGAAAUCCAAUACGCUUCAAGAAUCGAGGAAAAUGGCACUUCUGGAGGCAAAUGAAGAUGAGGACAGAGAAAUAAAGAAAUUAGAGAAACGACUGGGAUUAAACAAGAGGAAAAACAAGAAGACUCUCCCUCAGUCCUUUGUGGCUGACGGACUCGAUUACAUCCUUGGUGUGCUGGACUCUGGCUCGUCUGCUGUGGGGUUGUAUGAUGAGGAUGAUGAAGACAUGGACAAGGCCAAGGAUAACUUUGAAAAACUUGAUGAGAACGACUCUCAGCCGUCGGAUGAGGACGGAGAACAUGGAGAUGAGAUUGCGAGUGAAGGCAGUGAUGAAGAUAUGGCUUCAGUUGACGAGGAAAACGAGGUGGAUGAUGAUGAUGGCGACGAUGACGACGAUGAAAUGGUUGAGGAGAAGGAAAUGGAGGCCGAGCUGGAUGAGAGUGAUGCAGCUGAAUCGGACAAUGAAAAUGAUGGUGAAACAGAGGAAGAAGCAGACACCCGUGACACAACGACAGCAGGCUUAAAUUCAGAAACUGUCAGCGCUGCAGCAGGAAAGUACGUGCCGCCUCACUUAAGAGGCGCUGGAGAUGAGAAACGCAAAGCUGAGCUCGAAAAACUGAAGAGGAACGUGAAAGGCCUGCUGAACAGGCUGACUGAGCCCAACAUGGCGUCCAUCAGUGGUCAGCUGGAGGAGCUGUACAUGAGCUGCAGCAGGAAGGACAUGAAUGACACCCUAACAGAGGUGCUACUAGCAGCCUGCGUCACCCCGUCCCUGAUGCCUGACAGACUCCUGAUGGAGCACGUCCUGCUUGUGAGCAUCCUCCAUCACGCCGUCGGGUUAGAGGUGGGAGCCCAAUUUCUGGAGACGGUCGUGCGAAAGUUUGACGAGGUGUACAAGAACCCAUCGGAAAGCAAAGAAUGCGACAACCUGGUCGCCAUUGUCGUUCACCUCUAUAACUUCCAGGUGGUGCAUUCUGUCCUCAUCUUUGACAUCCUGAAACUUUUUGUUGGCGCCUUUACAGAGAAGGACAUUGAGCUAGUUUUGUUAGUGCUGAGGAAUGUCGGCUUCGCCCUGAGGAAGGACGACGCUCUGGCUCUCAAGGAGCUCAUCUGUGAGGGCCAACGCAAGGCCCGCGACACAGGGUCGAAGUUCCAGGAUCAGACCAGGGUGCGUUUCAUGCUGGAAACCAUGCUGGCUCUGAAGAACAACGAUAUGCGGAAGAUCCCAGGCUACGAUCCUGAGCCUUUGGAGAAACUGAGGAAGCUGCAGAGGACUCUGAUCCAGCGGCGUGCAGGAGGCAGUGACAUGAAACUGAGGGUGUCUCUGGACAAUCUCCUGGCAGCAGAGCAAGUGGGCCGCUGGUGGAUCGUUGGCUCGUCGUGGAGCGGAGCGCCCAUGAUCGGAGAGCAAGGGAACACGACCUCAAAACAGAGUACUGCUGGAGGACAGUUUAGUGCCAAAGUGUUGGAUCUGGCUAGGAAACAGAGGAUGAACACUGAGGUCAGAAGAAACAUCUUCUGUGUGAUAAUGACCAGCGAAGAUUACCUGGAUGCUUUCGAGAAGCUGCUCAGGAUGGGCCUGAAGGACAAGCAGGAGAGGGAGAUUGUUCAUGUUCUGAUGGACUGCUGUCUGCAGGAGAAAGCCUUCAAUGCCUAUUACGCCGUACUGGGAGAGAAAUUCUGCUCCCACGAUCGUCGCUUUCAGAUGACUUUCCAGUUCAGCCUAUGGGACAAGCUGAGGGAGCUGUCCAACCUUCCCAGCAGCACCUUUAACAACUUGGUUCAGCUGGUAACCCUCUUCCUUCAGAAGAAGUGCCUUUCCCUCUCCGUACUCAAAGUAAUAGAGUUUGGCGAACUAGACAAGCCCACGGUGCGCUUCUUGCGCCAGGUGCUCACCAAACUGCUAAAAGACAUGGAGCCCGAGGACCUCGCCAGCAUGUUUGGAAGGAUUUCAGGAAUUCCCAAGCUAGGAAUGCUGCGGGAGGGCUUGAAGCUUUUCAUCAGCCACUUUCUGCUGAAGAAUGCCCAGACGAAGGGACCAGCUGAGCAAGCAGCGACGUUGUCAGAGCGCGCUCAGGUCGCCACCAAAGCCAUGGAGGCCAAAGAGGCCAAGCUCAAACUGUAAAACACUUACACACACACAACCACACACACCAGAAGCCCAACAGAUGUAUGCAACCAGAAGAACAGAAGAAGACUUUGUCUCUUGACACAAAGAACCCAAACCUGCAGUUUUCUUCAAAGAAGAAUAGAUAUGUUUUUGAAAUUAAAUGAAUGUUUUUGCUAUGAGGAGGCCUUGUACAUAAUUGUUACCAUGAAUAUUUUUAAAUUUGGAAGAUAUGGAUGCCUUUAGACACGCGUCAGUCAUCGGACUUUGUGUAUGUAUUAUUUUAAUACAGUGUGUGGUUUGGUUCAGCUUUAUUGUUCUGCAAUAAAUAACUACGGAUUUG